GUAUAUAGCCGUGUUCCAUAUCUUCCUCGCCGAGCGCCCCCACGUCUGACGCAGUCGCCGCGACUCGCAAUCGCAAUCCAGGCAGAAGCGAAGCCCCGCACGCCACCGAGCACCCCAUCGCGGCGGCCGGGCGGCGGAUCGAUGGGGGAGUACGCGGGGGCCAAGACGUCGGUGUGGUGGGACAUCGAGAACUGCUGCGUGCCCCGCAACUGCGACCCCCACUUCAUCGUCCAGAACAUCAGCUCCGCGCUCGCCGCCGCCGGCUACGACGGGCCCAUCUCCGUCUCCGCGUACGGGGACACCCGCCAGAUCGCCCACAACGUCCAGCAGGCGCUCUCCAGCACCGGCGUCUCCCUCAACCACGUCCCCGCCGGGAUUAAAGAUGCAAGUGAUAAAAAGAUCUUGGUAGACAUGCUGUUCUGGGCUAUUGACAAUCCUCCGCCAGCAAAUUAUCUGUUAAUCUCCGGUGACCGGGACUUCUCCAAUGCCAUUCAUAAACUUAAGAUGAAGCGGUACAAUAUUUUAUUGGCACAACCUCCAAAUGUGUCUCAUACGCUCACUGCUGCAGCAAAGAGUGUCUGGCUCUGGAAAAGCCUUUUGGCUGGAGAACCACCAUUAGCAAAGUCACCAUACGUAAGCAGCACAUCAAGUGGCAAUAAGGAUGAUUUGGAUACAUCAAAGAACAUAGUUUCAAAUUCUUCAAACGCCACUCGUGAUAUCAACCCUCAAGUGAAGGAUGUUUUGUGUGAUCAUCAAAGUGGUGCUAGUGGCAAGGCGGAUAAGCAAGAUAAAGUGAAGCAACCUCAAGAAAUGCAGACAGAUAAUGUGUCUAAACUAGAAAGGAAAAAGAACCAGAAGAGGUGUAACCCUGGAGGUUUGCAUUCCACAGAACAGCCCAAGUCCAAGAGACCAAAGACACUGCAAAAACCAGUCAAGGGGGUCUGCUAUAAGUGUGGUGAUGGACACCACUUUGCUCUAGAGUGUCCCUUUACUGGUGACUGCUACCGUUGUGGACAACCGGGUCACAGGGACCGAGUGUGCAGACAGAACCCUAAUAGCAUCCUCAAGCGGGAGAUUGCACAUGCUAAAGUUUUAGCUACGUCCUCGCCGGGAUCAGUCCAAAUAACUGGUCCUGCUCCUCAGUUGCACCCAACAUGCUCACCACCCUCGGGGUGCUCGUUGCAAGAGACCCCUGCUGUGCCAUCUCCACCUCCGGCUACUCCAAUAGCUCCUGUACCGCCACAGAUGGAUGUUAGGGCUUCUUCUAGCCCACCUCACUCCGGAGUUGACAUAAUGCCAAUAACUGCAUCAUUAGGUAGCGCAGAUGUGACGCAACCAGCUUCUUCAGCCCCUAGUUCGCAUAAGCCGGUUCCAGCUUACCGACCAGUCUCGGGGCAGGGCAUGAUCUGCUUCAAGUGUGGUGCUGUUGGACACCGUGCUUUUAAGUGCAACUACAAUGGUUCCUGCCACUAUUGUGGCCAGGUGGGCCACACGGAUAGUGUAUGCAAAGAGAAUCCUGAUAACAUCAUCAAGCGGGAGCCAGUGCAUGAACGCGUCUUAGCUACGUCCUCGCUGGGGUCAGUCCAUGUGACUGCUCCUGCUUCUCAAUUGCACCAAACUUCGACACCACCCCCAUGGUGGUUCUUACAGGCGACUCCUGCUGUGACGACCCCAACUCCGGCCACCUCUGUGACUCCUGCACCGGCGCACCCCUCCCAGGGUGGUUCAGCCCCUCGUCCUCCUAUGGCAAAUGACUUCUUCAGCCGCUUGUUGUCCCAUGCUGGUUUUUCAGCCCCAGGACAGUAUCGUCAAGUAGGAGGGAGCGCCUACACACGUCCCAAUGGCGUUGUCGCAGCGGCCAAUCCACAUGAUGGCUGUUCUACUUCUCAGGUGCUUCCAGCUUGGGCACCGCCCCCAGGGUGUGUUUGGCAGCCAGCCCCUAUUGUGCCGUCUCCACUUCCGGCUCCCCAUGUGGCUUUUGAGCCGCCACAGCCAGGCGUUGCCGCUUCUUCUGCACCAGCUAACUCCGGAGUCUACGCCAUGCCCUUCCCUUUUGGGCGGCCAUGGUGACAGAUAUACUUCAUGUUGAUUCUUUGGAUGUCCUUCCCUUCAGCCCAUCAGGAGGAGGAAGAGGGGGAGGAUGGAGAAAAGGAGAGAGGAGAGGAGGAAGGAGGAGGGCUGCGAAGAAGAAGAGGUGGAGGAGGUUUGCACUAGCUUUCCAGUAAGUAUUUGUUUGCCCAACUACAGGUUAUGCUUUGGAAAUGGCAGCCUCCGGAAGAUUUCUGUGAUUUUAUUCAAACUAGCACGAUACUCGUGCGUAGCUAUGGUCUAAAUAAAUACAAUAUAUAUUAUUAUCGCCUAUGAUCUUAGAUCAUAUAAUCCAUAUUUUGUUCUCAUCUCAUUGGUUUGUGCGAAAUGCCAAGUGAUGCAGUUUGAAGGUGGGAAGGACCAUCGCCACCAACUGAGUCUUUUAUAUGAGUAAAGAUGAUUGUUAAAUACUCACUUUGAGCAUUAAAUUAACCCCAUCAUAGAAUCAGAUUUAAAAUCUGGACCCAAUAUGAAAUUUCCAUAGAUGCUUAGUUUGGAUGUGUAGUGAAAUUUCUGGGUCACCAAAGGUGCUAAUCAUUAUGGUCGUUGGUCGACCGAAGUGGUCACCUGUCGGUGUAACCCAGGGUUUUGAAGUACUGUCUUUCUGAUAUAUCUCAAAUAGAGUUGCAUUGUCAGUUGGUCACCUACCUCAUCACAUGUUCUUUAGGAUUUCUAUGCUUUUACCAUGUUUGAAUGUUGAACUUCACUUGGAAGGGCUGAGGUGGAUUGUUGACAGGAAGGGGUUGGACAAGAGCGUUGGAGGUGAAUUCUUGUUUUUAUUGAUUGUAAUGUUUCAGAAUGGGAGCAGAGUAGUUGCUCAACAAGCGCUGAUGCUUCUGGGUUGGGCCGCUACUGCUGCACCUUGCUCUCCGUUGUUGAGGCAAACAUGGGUGUUGGUCGUCAAUGGGUGAAAAUCACCAUUGAGACCAUUGGAUAUUUGCUUAUGCUUGUUGUUCAUCAUAUUAUUUAUGUUGUCUAUGCUCAAUUGCUCAUAGAAUAUGGCUAAUGAAGUAACGAGCCUGAGUCAUGCUUACUAUGUUUGAAUUUAUUACCCAUGUUUAAUAUGGCGUAUGAUUCAUUUUAGUUAUGCCCGCCGUAUGCUAUAAAUGCUCCAGUUAUUUAUUUGAGAUAGCUAACCACACUUGGAUGGACUAUUACAGUAUUAGAAAACCUUGUGCUUUUUUUUCCUACGGUGUGUCAUUUGGUUGUUACUUGUAAAGUCUUUGAACUCAUGCUAGUAUGUGGUAUGGGUGGCAGGCUUAAGUUGUGUGUGUUACCCUUAGCAUUGAAUUGCUCAUGUGGAAACUUUGCUCUCACGUUGUGUUUAUGAUCUGCAUAUUGUCAUUUA